AUGUGGCACGGAUCCAGCAACCUCCACAUAGACGGUCAGCACAACGGUCCAGUCUCCCUCAUUGACAGAUUGACAGAAAUCCUUGCAAGCUUCCCCAGUCACCUGAGACACUCAUCUGGUUUCACCUGCGUCUCACUCCCACACCGGUCUGACGUCACUGCACCGCAGUCUCACUACAGCCGCUGUUCAGAUGAACCCAGAGCCACAGUGAGUUCAGACAGAAGCAUCAUCCCAGCAGGAGACAGAGUUAGACUGAGCUGCUCUGUGGUCACAUCUGAAGGUUGGAGCUUUGACUGGUUCAGACGAGAGUCAGAAUCUUCUCCGUCCAUAAAAUACAAUAAACCAGACAGAGUCACAGAGGGAGGUCUGUACAGCUGCAGAGGAGGAAGAGGAGAUCCAGUUUACUACACACAAACCAGCUCUGAAGUCACCAUUUAUAAAACUGUUUCCAUUAAACCCAGUGUGAUCCUGGAACCCAGCUGGUCUCUGAUCUUCAGAGGUGAGACAGUCACUCUCAGAUGUCAGAUCCAUGGAGGAGGAACUCCGUGGAUGUAUGGAUGGAGAACACCCAACAGAAACUCUCCAACAUCCAGUGAAUACAAGAUCAACAGAGUUACUGAGUCUGACAGUGGAGAAUACAGAUGUUAUGGUAGAAGUGGCUAUCAUCAGACAGACUGGAGUGAUGCCUUCAGACUCUCAGUGUUACAGAAACCUCAGCCUGUCCUCUCUGUGUCUCCAUCAUGGCUGAGUCCUGGAGCCUCAGUGACUCUGAGCUGUCAGAUCCAUCAUCCAUCUGCAGGAUGGAGGUUCUUCUGGUAUCAAGUUGUUCCCAAACCAUUGAGCAGCAGUUACAACUAUGAGCUGCUGUCUGGUCACUCCAACGGGACUGAACAGAACUCCUACAUCAUUCAUGGACAGAAACACACAGCAGGAUAUGUGUGCAGAGCAGGAAGACAACCAGAGUAUCUCACCGAUUACAGUCAACCAAAGUUUGUCUGGUCUGAAGAUGUUGAUCCAGCAGCGUCUCUCAGUGUGAAUCCUGACAGAGUUCAACACUUCAGUUCUCUCUCUGUCUCACUGAGCUGUGAAGGAAACUCUACUGAGUGGAGAGUGAAGAGGUUUACAGAUACUGGUCUGUCAGACUGCUCCAUGUGGAGAACACGGACUGGAUCCUCAUGUACCAUAAAGCCUUACUGUGAUUCCAUUGUGCUCCUGUCCUUGAUCCUGGAGCUCUAUCCUCCUGAGGAGCUUGGCCGCCUUAUGUCUCUCUACACCAACCACUCUUCAGGAACUCUUGAGCUUGCCAGUCCUGGAAACACCAUCUACAAUGCAUCGUUGAAGAUGGUGGUUAUCAAGUCACUCAAAGCGCUUUGA